CUUGGCUGUGUGCACGCAGCAGGAUCUGGACACGACAGACUCCUCCAGCUUCAAGACACUCAACCAAGAAGAAGGAUGGCCAGUGCCUUCUCUAAGUUGCUAACUGGCCGAAAUGCAUCUCUGCUGUUUACGACACUGGGAACCAGUGCCCUGACCACUGGCUACCUGUUGAAUAGGCAGAAGGUAUCUGCUGAUGCCCGGGAACAGCACAAGCUCUUUCCCCCAAGUGCAGACUAUCCUGACCUUCGAAAACAUAACAACUGCAUGGCCGAGUGCCUCACCCCAACCAUCUAUGCCAAACUCCGAAACAAGAUGACACCCAGUGGCUAUACCCUGGACCAGUGCAUCCAAACCGGAGUGGACAACCCCGGCCACCCCUUCAUUAAGACUGUGGGCAUGGUGGCUGGUGACGAGGAGUCGUAUGAGGUGUUUGCUGACCUUUUUGAUCCUGUCAUCAAGUUAAGGCACAAUGGCUAUGACCCUAGGGUGAUGAAGCAUCCUACUGACCUGGAUGCAUCCAAGAUCACUCACGGGCAGUUUGAUGAACGCUAUGUGUUGUCCUCUCGGGUACGCACUGGCCGCAGCAUCCGCGGGCUGAGCCUGCCUCCUGCCUGCUCUCGGGCAGAAAGAAGGGAGGUGGAGAAUGUGGCCAUUACUGCCCUGGAAGGCCUCAAAGGGGAUCUGGCUGGUCGCUACUACAAGCUGUCUGAGAUGACGGAGCAGGAUCAACAACGGCUCAUCGAUGACCACUUUCUGUUUGAUAAGCCAGUGUCCCCUUUACUAACAUGCGCUGGGAUGGCCCGUGACUGGCCUGAUGCCAGAGGAAUCUGGCAUAAUUAUGACAAGACAUUUCUCAUCUGGAUAAAUGAAGAAGACCACACCAGGGUGAUUUCAAUGGAGAAGGGAGGCAAUAUGAAACGCGUAUUUGAGCGAUUCUGUCGUGGACUAAAGGAAGUGGAACGACUAAUCCAAGAACGAGGCUGGGAGUUCAUGUGGAAUGAACGUCUAGGAUACAUUUUGACUUGCCCCUCGAACCUCGGAACUGGAUUGCGAGCUGGUGUCCACGUUAGGAUCCCAAAGCUCAGCAAGGAUCCACGCUUUUCUAAGAUCUUGGAGAACCUGCGGCUCCAGAAGCGUGGCACAGGAGGCGUGGACACUGCAGCAGUGGCCGACGUGUACGACAUUUCCAACAUAGAUCGGAUCGGUAGAUCAGAGGUUGAGCUUGUUCAGAUUGUUAUUGACGGAGUCAACUACCUGGUGGAUUGUGAAAAGAAGCUGGAGAGAGGCCAGGACAUCAAGGUGCCGCCUCCCCUGCCUCAGUUUGGCAGGAAGUGAAUGUAGCCUGCCAAGGUUCUGGGUGAUGUGUCUGCUGGUAUGACAGACACAGGAAGUCUCUGCUCUGAGAGUUUUUGUAGACUUGAAAACAUGUAAAAUUGUAGGUCCUGCUAUUUUACAAUAAAACUCUCCUUAAUAUC